UGAACACUGACACAGACGUGUUGAACACUCAGCUAGACAGAUAUAGCAGCAACUGCAGAGACAGUGUCCCAAACAGGCAAAAUACCAUUCAGUGUAGUAGUCUCUUACCUUUGCUUAGGCAAACACCUUCUGGAAAACAGGACAAACAGGUCGAAAUGGAAAUUACACUUGAAGAUGAUAGCAGCUCAUCACCCAAUUUUGAAUACAAGGGUGCUCACCAGGCCUUUAGAGAUCGCUGGAAAGGAACAGAUGACACCAUGUGCCGCCACAGCAUGUCCUUUCAUCUACACCACACACUAAGGAGUGAAUUCUUUGCCAGCUACCUCUACCUGCUUGAGAAGACUCCACUGGUGAAGCUGUUUCCGGUCACCUGUGAGUACAUCAAAGGAGAAAAGCAGUUCUACUACAGAGCCCAGCAGUUCUAUGAGGACGUUCCUGCCUCGGAGGAGGGCAUGAUGGGAGAUUUUGUUGAGAUAUCCAAUGUUGAUCUGGAAGGUUCCCGCCAGUUUCUGAAGAGGUUUGUGGGUCCAGGUAAGGCUGGCACACACUGUGCUUUGGAUUGUGGGUCUGGGAUUGGCCGUGUGACAAAAGGUGUCCUCCUUCCUGUGUUUAUGAAAAUGGAGAUGGCAGACAUGAUGGAGCACUUCCUGCUCCAUGCACACGAGGAGUAUCUGGGUGAUGAUGCUGACCGCAUUGAGACUUACUACUGCUACAACCUGCAAGAGUUCACACCUCCAAAAAACAAGUAUGAUGUCAUCUGGAUGCAGUGGGUGGCAUGUCAUCUAACAGACAAGGACCUGAUGAACUUCCUGAUUCGCUGUAAGAAGAGUCUUUGUCCAAAUGGUGUCAUCAUAAUGAAAGACAAUAUGGCGCGGCAGGGCUGCAAGCUGGACCCUAUCGACAGCAGCAUCAGCCGCCACCUGGACAUCAUGAAAAUCAUCAUCAGCAAGGCUGGCCUCGAGGUCCUGGCUGUCGAGAGGCAGGAAGGCUUUCCUGAAGUCAUCAUGCCUGUCUGGAUGAUCGCUAUGAAGUAGAAAUGACAUUUCUUUGCAUAAUUUGAGAUUGUUGCUUCCUUUGAAAAAUGCAAAAACGAAAAUCCAACCGAAAGCUAAAUUAGCUUAUUCCAUUUUUCAUAAUUUGUGAUCAUGUCUCUAAGAAACUACAACAACAUCACAAUAAAUUUUCACAAUGUCAUCCAUAGAUAAAUCCUGAAACAGCAGUGUUGACGGCAUGAGGCCUGUUUUAUGGAGAUAGAAAUGUUUUUUUUCUUUUGCUCUGUAAUUAAAGGAAAUAAAGGUUCACCGGGACAAUUAACUUCUACAGCAGCAGGCCCUGUGUCCACAUUGCCAGACUGUAGUUCACUGUUAGUCAUCCACUUUCAGAUAUUGUAUCAAGACGGUGUCUGUGAUUAGUGCCUCAAUUUUCAGUGGGGAAUAUGUUAGUGUCAGAACCGGAACUGGAUUUUGACUGCCUGUUUAGUUGCUUCUCCGAGGGUUUUUGAAACAUAUUAUAUUUUCAAUGUUGCAUAUAAAAAACAAUAAUGUGUAAUUUUAUAUUGGAUUUAGAAACAAUAAAUCAUAUCUGGAUAUGUUAUCUGGAUAGUGGCAUCUUAUCACAGAGCUUUAAAAUUACACCUGGAACAAAAUAAUGAAAUUUUAGCGCAACUGAUUCUGCCCACAUUGUGAUCUUGGGGUAUCUUAGGUAUGAGCAGUGUAAGGGGAUAGAGCUUAGACACUCAAGUUCAGACUGUAGUUCCUUUUUAAAAAAGCAUCUUGAACAGGAAGAGUCAAGUCAACCUGUUGGCAAUGACUGUUACCUUAGAAUAUGGCCACAGAUUGCAAUUCCACCAGAACCAGAUGUGAUCUGUCUGAACUGAUUAAAAUGUGAUUAUAAUGCAUACUAUGAGCAUUUUUCUCAGUAAGAUAAGAUAUCCAGAUACAGAUACAGAUUGAGAUGUUCAGAACAAUUGGACAAGAAGUAUUAAUGCCACCCUUCAAUAUCGCAUGUAUUACUGUUGCUCAUUUGUGUGUUUGAGGUGUUUAGUAGAGUUUGGUCAGUUGUAAAUAUUUUUGAUUUUGUGUAAGUAUGUGUUUUAUACUUUUGCUUGUAAUAUUGCAGUUUAAGAGAAAUCCAGUUUUUACAUUUGCAUCAGUGUAGUGCUUAAAUUUAGAUUGGAACCGUGUUAUUAGGUUAAAUUCCAUUUUAUAGAACAGCGUUAGUACUUGUACUCCCUAAAAAGAAAAACAUCAAACUCAGGAGCAUAUCGUUGUAUUUUGAUGAUUUUUUGUAAAGCUCUUUUCUUAUAUAUUAUUUUUCAUCCCAUGUUCAAAACAAAAGCUAAUAGGAUUAAAGAUGGGAAAUCAUCGCUGGCUAUUACAGUCAAGACUGGAACAUAAAUGCUGACCAAUUUUCUCUAAAUAUUCCUACAGUGCAGCCCAUCCAUACCCCUUGGCCAGCCUGCAAUCUUCUAGAGAGCUGGCUCACAAUGCAAGAGAUAUUAGAGAUUCUCUCAAAUCAGUUGGUAAUUGUCCUAAGUAUUAUUACUGUUUUUCUUUUUCCCCAGACUCGCAGUAGAAGCAGCACCUUGUUUCAGGUUAGGGAGUUAGCUGGGCCCCUGACAUGAAGGUGGGGGUUGAUUAUUUCCCGGUUUUGACAGACAGUGCCUCUUUUCUUAUCUGUUCUGGUUUCAAUUUUGGCAUUUCAGAUGUUGUCUGCAUAAAACACAUCCAGGAGUUGCUCAAAUAUUCGGACUGUGUGCGUCAGUGCUUGGUGGGAGUGGUGUUGAGUUGUUUCUCCCAGAGCUUUUUAUGAAAGAUUAGCUUGUAACUGAGUAGGCUGGCAAUGACAAAAUACAAAAUCCUUCAAGCAUUAAAGGUGUGAUGGUGUAAGAUGGACUCUGCAGCAUGUUUCUCUCAUCAAAAUCACUAUAUUAAGAUGUGAAUAGACCAAACACAUUUUCCACAUCCCAAAUGAAUUAAAGAUCAA